AUCCCACCCAGCCCGAAAUACGAAAUACGAGAAUUGUCCGGGAUCGUGCUGGCGGUUCAGCUGAUUCAUCACAGCGCUUGAAAGCCCAACUUCAGUGGUAGCCAAGACCAGACCUCACCACAUUCACCACCUCCUUCCAUUCCUCGAAAUUCAUUCGCAGCCAUGACAAUCACAAGAAACAUACCACUUCCAUCUCCACGGACGGCAGGCACCAUCCUCGCCGUCCUCCUCACCCCAGUCCUGCUCGAGACCGGCUACCUGCUCUACCUCAAGCGCACCGUCACGCGCCGCACCGUGGCCUCGGCGGGGCGACGCCUCCCCGCAGCAGCAGCGGCAGCAGCAGCAGGGAAACCCACCGCAGACGAGAACUCAAAGGCACGGGAGACGAUCCCGGCAUCGGUGAAGCGGCCGACCAAGCUCCCCGCCGCGGUCGCCGACGACGCGUCGCAGGACUACGUCCUGGCGUACGAGCGCCUCGUGUCGCACCCGGUCGCGGCCGCGUCGCUGCGGGACGGGCAGCAGCAGCAGCUGCUGCUGACGAGCUACGUGCGCGCGACGAUGAAGGCGUUCGCGCGGACGCCGCAGUCGUUCGCGAUCCGCGCGGCGGCCGGGCCGGACGCGCGCCGCACGUUCGCCCCGGCGUACAUCGACGGGUUGGCGUUUGGGCCCGGCGACCGCGUCGAUGGCGUGUACACGGUCGCGUACCGCGGGUCGGGCGGGCCGGGCGGGCGGGGGGAGGAGAGGGUCGAGCUGAUGCUGGAUGCGCCCGAGGGGUACCGUGGGCCCGUGGUGACGGGGAUGAUCGUCGCGGCGGUCGAGGUGGUCCCCGGUGAUGCGGAGCGGCCGGAGCAGGUCGUGUUUGUUAAUGAGACGUGGAUGUGGAGGAGGUUGGAUGAGCGGCCCACGAUGUUGGAGGGCUCGUUGGGUAGCUGGUUGCAUUCCUUGCUGGCCGGGUGGCUGGUGGUGAAGGGCGUUGAAGCUGUCACGAAAUGAGUGGGGGUAGAGGCGGAGGGGUUUGUUUUUGUGGCUUGGAGGCUAUGUUUGUGUCCAUCAUGAUGUAAAACAGGCGCGUGUAUUUGAUCUCUUAUCUUUGACCUUGCGCAUCCCUUGAAUCGGUAAUAGGCUCCCAACCGUAAACAGAACAUAUAUAUGUAGGUAUAUGAAGAAAGUUACCAAAG